ACAGUAUCAGAGCGCGCCGCACGACUUAAUUUGCGCUUUAGAUGCAGCUGCUAAGUGAUGGAGCCUCGCGCUUGAUGUGUCUCCACUCUUCAGAGCAACAAGUGGAAUAUGGACGCGUGGAUCUGCAGGACAAGAGAGGAGAGGGGCGACUGCACCUGAAAUAUACGUAACGAAUGCUGCGUUUGGCGCGCUGUGGGGAUGGAUACCGGCAAUUUCCUGGUGGGGAUUUGCUUUUUUCUGCUGUUACUCAAUGGCUAUAUCUCUUCCUCGCCGGUGGCAGGCUUUUGUCCCGACCGCUGUGACUGUCAGCACCCGCAGCACUUUAUGUGCACCAACCGCGGUUUGCGCACUGUGCCAAAACCCGGCGCACGGACACCCGAGGAGGUUCUAAUCUUCAGCCUAGGAGGAAACUUCAUCACUAACAUCUCUGCCUUCGACUUCACACGGUACAGUAACCUCAUCAGGCUGAAUCUACAGUUCAAUCAAAUAGAAAACAUACACCCAAAAGCGUUUGAGAAGCUCUCCAAGUUGGAAGAGCUGUACUUAGGUCACAAUCUUUUAUCACAUAUACCAGCUGGGACGUUACAGACACUGAAGAAAUUAACAAUUCUUUAUGGGAAUAAUAAUGGCAUUAAGAAAAUCACACCGGAGCUCUUUGCCAACUUGGAUAAUCUUGUGAAAUUACGCUUGGAUGGCAACUCCAUAGAAUCCCUGCAGGACUCUGUUUUUAAAAGUUUGCCCAGUCUGCAUUAUCUCCACCUGGAGUCCAACAAACUGCAGCACAUUCACAGAAACGCUCUCUCCAAACUCACCAACCUGCGCUUUCUAAACUUGGCGCACAACAAGCAGACAGCCGUGCGUAAUGCUCUCACUUUUUCCCAACUCAAAGCUUUGACAACUCUGCUCCUGUCUGAAAAUGAAAUCCAACACGUGGGAAACAACGUCUUCCAGAAUCUGAAAAAGCUCUCCAAGCUGUCCCUCAGUAACAACAGAAUCUCUCGGCUGGACAGCGGGGCUCUGAAGGGUUUGUCAAGCCUCAGGGAGCUCCUGAUUGACGGCAACGAGCUGGAUGAAAUCCCCGCCGGUCUGCUCGACUCUCUGGAGCGCGUCGAGCAGCUGGACUUCAGCCGCAACCGGAUUUCCAAAGUGGACUCGUUAGCCUUUUCCCAGCUUAAACAUCUGAGGGUGCUGAAGCUGAAGAAUAACAUGCUCACCAGCCUGUCAGGGGACAUUUUUGCCCUCAACAAUGUGCUUUACGACUUGGAUCUCCAUGGCAAUAACUGGACGUGUGACUGUCGCCUGGAGGAGCUGAAAAGAUGGAUGACUGCUGCGCACUCUCAGGGCAAAUUGUUGACUGUUAUUGUGCAAUGUCAUUACCCAGCAACUCUGAGGGGGAAAUAUCUGGACUAUGUGAACAGCUCCCAGCUGCAGCCCCUCGGGAACUGGAGCCACUUGUGUAGGAGGGGGCCUGAGGAGAGCCGGGGAGGAGGGGUGUUAGUAAAGACUGAGGUGAAAGAGCAAGGAAUGGAAAUAAAGCAGAUGGAGAAAGGUGAGAAAGGCCAGGUAGAGGAGACAGAAGGUAAAAAUAUGAGACAAGGGGGUAAGGAGGGGUCAGUAGUGAGGAAAGAGGAAGAAAAACUGAGGAGAGAAGGUCAGGAGGAGGCAGGAAUCCAAGGUGACGAAGGAGGCCUAGAGGUGGUCGAACCCUCUGCUUCACAGGAGGGAAAGAAACCAAAGAAAGAGUCUCUUAGUCCAAGGUCACGACCUGCUGCAGAGGCUGCUGGGAAACGACCCAAAGGAAGGCGAAGGUCAAAUCUAAGUUUAAGAACUGAUCCAACAGUUUCCACACCGAGUCAUACUGGAAUCCAAGAUGGGAAUACCACUGAUGCAACACGGCUCACUCCAGUCCAGGCCGGAGAAAAGUUUGAUCUCCUGAGAUCAGACCAUGAGGACGCUCUUCCUGUAAUCACAGACCCAUGUGUCUUCAAUCGGCACUUUAUAACCAACGUUUCAGUGGAUCAGGUGACGUCCAGCACGGUCACCGUCCACUGGACCACCAGGGAUUACCACCGCUACACGCCAGGGCUUGGGCCCGGCCUCGAAGAAGUGCACUAUCGGAUUCUGUUUGACCGCUUUGGCACUCAGGACCGGUUCCCUCGCUAUGUUUACACUCACGGCACGGCUCGCUCCGUCACCCUACGAGAACUGAGCUCAGAUGUGACCUACAUGGUGUGCGUGGAAGGCGUGGUGGGAGGGUCCGUGUGUCAGGUGGCCCCUCGUGACCACUGCACAGGCCUGGUCACUCUACACGAUGAGGGCGUCAUGACCUCAGAUCUCCAGCUGGUGACUGUGGCGACGCUGGCGGGGAACGCCGUGCUGCUGCUUGUGGUUGGUGGGGUGUGGCUGGGGCGAAGCCUGAAGAAGAAGUUACAAAGGAGGAAGUCGGCGGUUCACGUGAGGCACAUGUACUCAACAAGGCGGCCGUUUCGGCCCACGAUGACGACCGCCUCAGUGUCCACUGACUUCACCAGCUACCAGAGCAGCCGACCAGCACGACUCGCACCGCUAGAGGAAGGGGAUCUCAUUGAGUUCCCAUGUGACCGUUUUCUUGACAACAACAGUGUUCGCAGAGACAGUGACAUGCAGAGAUUCUCCGACUAAAGCCAUCAAAACCACAGAAUAUGUAAAUAUUGAGACCCAUGUCAAACAUUUGUCCCUUUGGCUGUGGACAAACCAAACCAACACCCCCACCUAGUUGUGUUUUCAUUAUUUUAAAGUGACAAAAGAACGGCUGAGCUCAUCAGGGCCUUUUCAGACACCAGAGGAAGUCCAAUCCCUCUGACUUCCUUUUCCCGCUUUGUGCCUUUCCUAUUUCAUUUCCUUGCACCUGCAUACAGUAUGUCUCCGAGUAUGUGAUUUGUUCUGAAUGCCAGUGUGAAUGUAUGAAUGAUUGAUUCAUCACUGAUUUCAACAAUGGUGCUAAUUUUAAAUUCACAGACAUCAUAUUGUCUCAUUUUUUUGUACAGAAUGCAAUGAUGGCUGCUGGUUGGCAGAAAAAAUCACUUGUUUUGUAUCAUUUUUAUCAUGUUUUUAUACUUUUUUUUAUAUAAUUUUGCAUUACACGAAGAAGUAAAAUCCCCAACAAUGUGACUGAUUUGUCAUUUGAGUGUUUAUGGAUGAUGUACUCUGCAUCAGUGGUUCUCAAUUUGUGGAUCAGGACAAAAAGUGGGCCGGGGGGGCUCUUUUCAGUGGGUUGCAAAUCUGUGCCUGGAAACAUGGUGAUUCUCCGAAGUACCGAAACUUUUUAAUACUCGAUUUGCUGUCCUUAAGGGUGGAUUUCAGUGUUAUCUCCAUAUUUGAAUUAAUCUACCUCCUUUUAUUGGGACAAAAAAAAACACUUUUCUCAUAAUAAGAAUGUAAAAUGGCCAAGAAUGUACAUGUUAUCAAGGAAAAUUAAGUAAAUUCUGUUUA